AGUGAUAUACAACAACUACUGUAUGUCUGUAUUAUACUAUUAUACAUCAUUGUCAAUAUUACAAUUUUGAAAUUAGUAUUUACAAUAACAGAAGAUACAACAUAAUAAAAUAUAUACAAUUAAAAGUAAUAAAUAUUUAAUUCUAAGAAACAAAACAGUUUUAUUUCAAAGAUCAUCAUGGGUGACCGAUACAAUAUUCACAGUCAACUGGAGCACCUUCAGUCAAAAUACAUAGGUACAGGCCACGCAGAUACCACCAAGUUUGAAUGGCAAGUAAAUCAACACCGUGACUCGUGUGCUUCAUACCUGGGACAUUAUGAUUUAUUGAAUUGGUUUGGAAUUGCUGAGAACGAAGCUAAAGCUAGAGUACGAUUCAAUUUAAUGGAAAAAAUGUUGCAGCCUUGUGGGCCUCCACCAGAGAAACCUGAUGAAUAAUCUUAUGAACUAUCAAUAUUUUUCAGUUUUAUGUUUUAUCGUAUAACUAAGUUCAAAAUCUAAAAUAAUAUAUGUAUUAAGAAUCAAUUUUUUCAAUUUAAUCUACAAUGAAUAUUAUACAAUUUAAGAAAUACAUUUUGAAUUGUUGAA